CUCUUCCAAAAAGAAAAAAAGAUCUGGAUUACCUGAGUGACAGAGAGCAUUGCACCCAGUCGUGCGCUCCAGGAUGAAAAGAACACACGCCAAGUAGUUAUAGCUAGCAGAUCAAAAUGCAGAAGAUGACUACAACUGCUACUAUCUCCUUCACUGCGAGCGUCCAACGCUUCGUCGUUGUCUGCUCCGUGAUUUUGGCCGCCGCGACUCUUGCAACAACGACGACCUCCGGGGACACAGAUGCUUCUAGCAAGGUCGCAAACCACGACGAACAGGAUUCCUCUUCCGCGGCCCAGCACUACUGCGACAGCAUCGGCUGCAACCAGCCAAGAUUUUCCAACGGAAAAGAGUUCCGGUUGAUGGGUUUGUUCUGGGCGGCGCAACGGAGAUAUCUCGACCGAACGGCAGAAAGUGUUUGCGAAGCGGUGCAUCGCAAAUCCGUGCCGACAAGAAUAGGUUACGAAAACGAUGAGCAAAGCGAGUCGGUUCCAGUAGAAGUAGACGGACAGACCCUCAACACUACAGCAGUAUCCCACUUCUGGCACCAGUUGCAGCGCCUGAUCCGCACUCCUGGCUUCGCACAGAUCGCCGCCGUCCCGAGUGUCCGGGUUGCGUUCGCAGAGUCGGGGAUAGAGCCGACAAGGCAUGAUGGAGGUACCAGUACCACUCCUCCAAUCGUAUCUUCAAGAACAAACACCGACGCAGAGGAGGAGAACUUUCUCAGUGGUGGCGUUAAGCAGCAGGCUGGAGCGGCUGCUGUUGCUACCGAAGAUGAACAAUUCAGUUCGGACAAACAUCAUCAUCAACAAGCCCUUGCGCCAACAAAAGGCACGUUCUUCGCACCCGACCACCUGGUAUUCGGCAGUUACGGAAGUUUGUACUCCAUCACCUUGAUCGCGAAAGUGUUGAAACAAGACGACCAGUGUUUGUCUUCUCUGCAGCUGCUGGCCGAAGGAAACGAGAAAGCGGCGGGAUCGGCGCAAUACCAGUGUGGCUUUCCAGAAGCGUUGCAGGUCAGGGAUUUGCUCGUCGAGGGUGAUGAAGUAAAUGAAAGCAAAAAAAGACAAUACCCAAAAGUCGUUGCGACAUUGGAUAUUACCACGGGAGGUACAACAUCAGGCACCAGUCUGAGCACAAUUCUGCAAACGCAACACGGGGAACAGAACUUUGUCCUCUCUCUGCUUGGUGCAACUCUUUACGAAUCGGGACAGCUAGAAGUCGCUAUCUUUCUUGCCGCUGAUCCAGCGACGUCGACUUGUGUUUUGGUCGACGGCCAGCGGACCUUCUCCUCCAUACCCGCCUCCUAUUUCAGCGAAUGGGCUUGUGAGGUCUUGGAUGAAGCUGCGAACACCUCUUCCAGGGUCAAAGCUGCCGUCGUCAGCUACAGUAGCGCGGUCGUGACGUUGGCGUGUGGGCUGUUGCCGCUACCGAUGAAAGAGGCUACCUCUUUCGAUACGAGCGCGACCGCAUUGUUCAAAAGCGUGCGCAUUCGAACCAGAAGCAUGGGCAGUGACUGGAUCGUUGCAGUUCCACUCGUCACACAACUCAAAAAUACCGCAGUCUCGUCAAGAAUAGCAGGAGAUCUGAAUCAUGCGACCUUUCCCACGACCGGGCCGGCAUAUGAGAACAAUUACCCCACCCGCGGAGACCACCACGCCUACUACCCGCGCACUCUGACAGUUUGUUCCCAGGUGCUAUAUGGUUUGGACACCCCGCACGCCACGGAGCUGAUGCAGCAGUGGUUUGCGUACCACGAAGCGAUCGGGAUAAAGCACUUCUACCUCUACGAUCGAGACGGUUCUCUGUGGGACUUCGUGGAAAAAAUGCGACAAGACCCGCAAAACGGAAUCGGGAUCACCUACUUUGACAAUUUCAGCGACCGGUUCCUCUCCCCCAGCCAUCAUGUCGUCCAGCAGCAGAACAAACCCGGACUGCCCUCCCACGCAGCCCCCGACGCGGCCGCCGCGGCCCACUGCGUGUUCGCGAAUCGGGGCCUGUCGGAAUUCGUUCUGAUGCUCCACUCGCCGGAUGAGUACUUGUCUAAUUCGAACGGCUUGCGGCACGUUGAGGAGGUGCUCCAACCCCUGCGGCAGCAAAAAAUCGACAUCUGCGACGUCAGCCAGGUGUACUUCGUGAACCAGACGCGGCAAAGCCCCACCUUGCUCGGCCGCUACACCAACCGCGCAGACAAGCCCUUGUUGCAGCCCAAAGGCUGGGGAAGUGCGCAGUUCGCCAACAGCUUCUUGAACCGGUUCGGGAGUCCCAUUCUCCGGCCGGAAGCGGUUUCGGAAUUGGUCGCAGCGCACUAUCCAAGAGGGAAUAACUUGUUUUUUCCGGCACGCGUUCUGGACGAGACGCCUCAAACCUUUGUCCGCGCAAACCACUACGGACACGCUUUUUCUCUCCGGAAUCCGCUCGACGAAAGCGAUGUGUUGGUGCAGGAUGACAGCGCUCUGUGGGCAGAAGAGAUCGUGGCAAAGCGGAUUUUUGAGCAGAGAAACGAAUUAUAAAUGAAGAAGACCUCCUCUGAGGCCGGUUCCGUCUGCCCAUUCCAAGGGCGAUCAAGCUGCACAUUGCUAUUUCCUGGGUCUGUUGCGCUCCAGUCACAGCACUCACUCCACUAUGAUUUUGAAGUUGGAGCAGACACAGAUCCAUGUCGAUAGCC